GCAUAACAAAAUCGAAAAACGGAGUAAGCAAUCAAGAGACGAUCAAAGAGAAAAAAUAUCUGAUCGAAGUUGGAAUCCUUCGUUGUGCGGAGAGAAGAGAAAAAAAAAUCUUAACUUGUGCAAAAUUUCAGUAACCGUGUAGCAUUCGUGUUAAAGAAUUUCAGUUUCUUGUGUGGUGAAAUCUCGUUGACGAUAGGAGUGUUUCGGAUCAAUUUGUUCUGGGAAAGGUAUGAGUGAUAGGAAGAUCAAGAAGAACGAAACGAACAAAGAAAUCAUCAGUAUGAGCGAGGCAGCUGGAUAUCUGGACCGCUUUGUCGGCGACGUGAGCAAAAAAUCUGUCACCAAACAAAUUCUCAUCGGUGCUGGAAGUGGAUGGGCUACCGGGUAUAUCACAAUGAAGGUCGGCAAAGUAGCCGCCGUAGCUGUCGGUGGUGGAAUCAUUUUGCUCCAGAUUGCUAAUCAACAGGGUUAUAUCAACAUUGAUUGGAACAAAAUUCACAAGAAAGUAGACAAAGUCGCAGAUAAGGUUGAAGAAGCUGUCACAGGGCAAGGACCCAGCUGGGAUGAUAAGGCCAAGCGCUUUGUCGACCGUAAGAUGAACCAAGCGGAGGAUGCCCUGAAGAAGAAUGCCAAGCGGUCCCGCAAGUGGUACAGCAAUCUGAUCGGGGAUGAGAGCGGCUGCAAAAUCAAUGAUUUGCAUAUAUUCAUUUGUGCCUUCGCUGCGGGCGUUGCAAUUGGCAUCGGAACGGCUUAAAAGGGCUUUGAUUAUAGGUGUACUUAAAAAAACAACAUAGCGUAUUGGCAGCAAUAUCUCAUUAAGUCCAAAAGACCCACGUUGAACACAUACAUACCCAAUUUCGUAACCGCCUCACGUGCGAGAAAAUAUGUUUUUAAAACAAUGAAUAAUAACCAAAGUAAUCGAACGAAUAAUAUUUCAUUCAAAGUAAAGAUAAGUUUCUCUCACCCCGUUGAGUUGGCACGCGGUAGGAGUGAAAAUUCGAUAGAAAAAAGUUGCCGCAAAAUGUGUUCUGCAAAUUUAGACACACUUCAUCAAUUAACGACCACCGUAGGUUAGUAUGCUUCGAUACGUCUCAUUCAAACAUAACGAUGAGCAAUGCGCACAGUCAUGAGUGGGUGCCACUUCCUACCGCGCUCGAUUUCGUCCGCUCAUUUCAAUUCGAAGAGCAAUCACACUACAGUAAGAGUUCAUACCUCCAUUAUUGUAUUCCAUCAUUGCAAGAUUAAAAACUGUGUUAGUUUAAGACCAAUUAUGUUUCUCGUCUCGUCUAUAAGCAAACUACUUGUAAUAGAGUUUAAAAAAUAAAUGGAAAAUAUAACUAGCUAAA